UCAUGCUGCUGCCAAGUCCAGAGUCUGUCAUGGGUCCCUGUACGGCCUCCCAUUGCUGCUGUCUCCAUUGCCACACUCUGCCAUGUGCCACUUUCAGGUCUCCUCACACACUGCUGGUGUGUUGAAAUUUUUUGACAUAGGGUGCUGGCAGAUUACGGGCCUCCCAUAGCUGCUGCCAGGCCUUAAUCUGCCAUGGGCCCCUAUAUACCGCCUCCUCAUGCUGCUGCCAGGUCCAGAGUCUGUCAUGGGUCCCUGUACGGCCUACCAUUGCUGCUGUCUCCAUCGCCACACUCUGCCAUGUGCCACUUUCAGGUCUCCUCACACACUGCUGUUGUGUUGAAUUUUUUG